GGUUGUCUGCUUGACAGCUUUGACGUAUGUGUUGACAGUCAAAAAUAAUACACAACAAUGUAGACAACAAACAGAAGCUGAUAAAAGCAAUAAUAUACGACAAAAUGCUCAACUAUCAAUAAGCAAUAAACAUUUGCUCAUAACGACAAUAUGCGACCGCAGCUAAUAAACUACUCACUGACGGAAAUAGUGGUAUGUUUUAUUGUUGUGGGCUAUGCAGCUGUUGAUUUGGUUCCUUGCGACAAGUCGCGAAGGGUGUUUACCAGUUCUUGGGGCAUCAUCAGCGAUGGGCCAGUGGGAUCAAAUUAUACACAGGACAGCCAUUGUGAAUGGCUGAUCAAGGCCAACGAUUCAAACAAAUACAUUACUCUAAGUUUUCGUAGCAUGGGGACAGAGUGUUCUUAUGACUAUGUGUUUGUGUACGACGGCGACUCUUUCAAAUCCCCCCUGUUGGGGAGUUUUAGCGGAAAAACCGAGCCACAACAAGUGAUUGCUAAAAGUGGUUUUAUGCUUGUCCUGCUCUAUAGUGAUACAAAUUAUGUGUUGGAUGGGUUUAGAGCGGAAUUUUCGAUUACAGACUGCCCAAAUAAUUGCUCAGGGCGUGUGUGCUACAAUCAUCAGUGUGUGUGUGAGAGUGACUGGGGUGGUUACGACUGCUCAAGAAAUCUGUGUCCAAAAAACUGUGGCUGGGACAAGGGGCAAGGAAAGUGUGAAUUGGGUAAGUGUGUAUGCAGACCUGGGUACUCAGGUCAGUCCUGUGAUUAUUAUGAUAAGGAAACUAAAGGCAACAAGUGGUAUUGGCUCUCACAUUCCGAGGGUGGACUUCAACCAAGGGCUGCCCACACUGCUGUAUAUGUAGAACUGACUGAUACUCUAUAUGUUUUUGGUGGCUAUAAUCUUACUGAAGUUCUGGGCUCAUUGGAGGAGUACAAUUUUCAGAACAGUACUUGGAGGGAUGAAUUUGGGCAGGUUAUUAUUGAUAACAACCUGCAGAGCCCCAUUGAACCCAGCUCUAUAGCUGGGUUAUUUGAGCAAGCUGGGAGGGAUUGGCAGCAUAAAUGGGGAAUAAACACAAGAACCUCUUUUUUGAGGAGCCUAUUGUUGGCAGGAAGUGAUAAUACGACAAGUCCAAAAAGAAAACAAAGACAUUCAAAAUUGGAUGGUCAUAAACCAGAGCCUAGAUAUGGCCAUGCUGGUUGUGGAAUAAAGGAAGGAUUUGUUUUGUAUGGUGGAAAACUACAAAAUGGUAGUUUAUCAAAUGAGUUGUGGUAUUAUGAUGUUAGGAGAAGAAUGUGGCAGCUAAGAGGUCUGGAUUCAGAGGUUAAACCUCCUCCAUUGACAAGACACACUUUAACAUGUGUGGGGGAUAUUAUUUACCUCUUUGGGGGUGGAACAGAGGAUGGAGAAUUCUCAUCAAAAUUAUUCAGCAUUGAGUUUAGAACAAAUAGGAAGGAGGAAUGGUUACAUAUUAUACCUAGGGGCGGCAAACAGUUAGAUAUACGGGUGGUAGCGCAUAGUACUGUAUAUCACCAUCAAAGUAACUCCCUACUGAUUUACGGAGGUAUUAUGGCGGGAGUUGCAAGGUUUAGCAAAUUAUCUGACAGAAUGUUUGCUUUCCAAUUGGACAAUAAGUAUUGGACUGAAAUUCAUUACACCAGGGAACACUUAAGGGAAAAAUUUGUGCCAAGAGAAAGGGCUUUUCAUACUGCUAAUAUUUUCGGAAAUUAUUUGGUCAUAUUUGGAGGAUACUCCCACAGACAUAACAAAGAAGAGAUUUGCUAUGAUAACCAAAUGUACUUAUACCACCUAGGUUGCCAUACAUGGGUAAAUCCAGAGAUUCUAGGCAAAAAUAACGUAUCUACAUAUCCAAAACAGCAAGGCGUAUUUGCGCACGCCUCCAGCGUUAGAAACGGUAACACUCUUUUGAUUGUUGGAGGAUAUCACGGUAAUGUAAAUGGGGAUUUAUUAGCCUACACCGUACCACCGAUGAUUUCAUCGAGAAAAGGCGAUAGUUACGACCCUGAGUCCGUUUGUAUCCGCCAUAAAAACUACGUGGAAUGUUCCGCGGAUCCAGAAUGCGGAUGGUGUUCAGCCGACGAACAAUGUUACGGAAGAACAAUUGGAGCCAACUGUACAACAAAUCUACAAACUACCAGGUGUCCUGGUAUUUGCCCUGCUUUGGGCGACUGCCAUUCUUGCCUUAUCCACGGGCACGUUUACUCGGAAAUACCCACCAUGGUUUCAGCAUCACACAAACUAGGUUUAGGCGAGUGCACUUGGUGCGUUCAAAACGCAAAAUGCCAUCACAAGGAUGAUAAUUAUGGGGUUUGUGGGCUUAGGGAUGACAGUCCAAGUCAAAUACCAGGGUGGUGGGGAACAAAAGGAACUGAAGUUUUUAAGGCUGAGCAGUGCAGGGAGUUGGAUCAGAGACCUGGGCUUACUUUUAUCAAGUAUUAUUAUCCUGUCAACAUGAGCCAGCCUGACCAUGUCACCAUAAUUAAUGCAACUACAGUCGACUUCAACAGCCCAUCGAGCUCUCUAUACAAAUCGGAUAUCAUGGUCGGUAAGACCAUGGAAGCGCGACUUAUGGGUUUUCUUCGGAUACCCAGCGACAAGCAAGACUCUCUGAGCGUGUGCGUGAGCUUUUGCAACGCCACCCUCACCCUCAACUCGAAUCUCGUGGCCAACGUGACCGCCGAAAAUCUCGAGAACAAAAAGUGCAGCGAUCUCAAGUGGAACUACAACGAUAGCUCGACAAAAAUCGAUGUGGAUUUUAAAUCGGUGAAAACGGUGCAUUUGGAUAAUUUGCACAGGUCCAGCAAGAUGGAGCUGCAGCAUUAUUCAGAGGACAAUCAAAAGAGCGUGUUCACAUUCGAGUACCUCGAACCAUACGCAAACGGCACUUGCAACCAGUACAAAAACUGCCUGCACUGUCUGACGGACUCCAAAUGCGGCUGGUGCGACUUAACGAACACCUGCGAAUCCCGAUUCGACGAAGAAACGGUGACCUGUAACGUGAAAGGCGACUGGCAGUACUUGAAUUUGCAACCGAGCGCGUGCUCAAACUGUUCGAACUACAUAUCGUGCGACAGCUGCAUCAACUCAACGCUUUGCGAGUGGUGGAUAGAUGAAGCCAAGUGUGCAAGAAUAGGCCAGAAACCCGAUGCAGCCGUCUCGUCCCACCAAUGCCCGAUCCCGUGCUACAAACGGCCGAACUGCGGCGAAUGCCUCGAGCAAAAGGGCCGGUGCGUGUGGUGCGAGGCCACGCAGCAGUGCUUCAGCUUCUCGGUGUACACGAGCGAGUACCAGUUCGGGAUGUGUCGCGAGUGGCUCGACCAGCCGUAUCCUUUGGUCGUGCCGCAGGAGAACAGCCUCCUGCCCUCGGUGAAGAUGCAGGGACAGUGCAAGUCCUGCAAGCUGCAUACUAAUUGCAGUACUUGCUUGGGGACAUUGAGUUGCGGGUGGUGUUACAAUUCUUCCAAUCCCAUGACAGGGACUUGCGUCCAAGGUGACUUCAACAACCCCCAUCAAAACUGUUCGGAAGUCCUAAACACACCUGAUGCCAAAUGGGCUUACGCCCAAUGUCCAGACGUGGACGAGUGCGGACUUGGACUUCACGACUGCCACGCAGAAGCCAUUUGCACCAACACAGACGGUUCAUUUAGUUGUCACUGCAGAAAAGGUUAUAUUGGAGACGGUAGGACCUCCUGCAUAAGAACAUGUUACAACGUGUGCAUACACGGCGUGUGUCAAGGAGAACCGAACUACGCUUGCAAGUGCCACUUGGGAUGGUUCGGCGACGAUUGCUCGAAAAAUUGCGGCUGCAACAAUCACUCGGCCUGCCCGGACGGAGUCGGCAUUUGCUCGGAAUGCAUGGACUACACGAUGGGAGAGUUCUGCGAGUUCUGUAAGCCGGGCAGCUACGGUAACGCUACCACUGAAGCAGGUUGCCGCAAGUGCGACUGCAACGGCCACGGUAACAAAGACCGCGGCGAAUGCGACAUAGAAACCGGGGUGUGCUAUUGCGAAGAUAACACCGAAGGUGACCACUGCGAAAAAUGCAAACCGAACUAUUCGGGAGAUCCGAGAAAAGGAAAGCAAUGUUAUUACCAGUGCGAAGCCAGGGGCGUUCUAACGGGAAUCAGGGGGCAGGGAAUCAGUUCGCUGCAGGCAUAUAUCCCGCCUUAUGGCGGGCCACCUACGAGGGAGUGUCUCUGGAUUAUUAAUCCUUUGGUGGAUGUUGGUACUUCCAUAGUACAGCUAGAGAUAAAUUCCAACCAACUAAACAUUAGUUGUGGAGAAAAUGCAGUUUAUGUUUAUGACGGACUACCAGAAUUGGUAGAAAUGGGUAGUCAGAGCGCUUUAUCGGCAGUAAUAUGUAGCGAGGAAUCUCUACCAACAACUAUAGUCGAGUCCAAAAGAGGCCAACUAACUGUUCACUACAAACAAGGCAUGCCAGGUGAAGGUUUCAGCGCCGCCUACAAAGUCUUGCACUGCGAAGAUUGUCUGCCGCCCCGAGCCUGCAAAAACGGUCAGUGCGUCUGCGACGAAACGUUGGUUGGAACGAUGUGCCAAGAACAAAUUUGCCCGAAGAAUUGCUCGUAUGCCAAAGGACAAGGGACGUGCGACAAAGCGUACGGCAGAUGCCUCUGCUCGCCCGGAUGGGCAGGUGUUUCGUGCAACGUAAAACAAACCAAAAUGCAAAUCGUAUUUACCGAACUGUUCAACACGAUCCGACUUGCAGACAAUUUAGAGCACCUGCGCAAAACGCUGCCUAGAUUCGGCCACUCCCUCAUCUCGGACCGCCGCGGCUCCCUCUGGAUGUUCGCCGGGUACUCGCUCUCGCACGGCCCUCUAAACGACAUCCGUCUCUUCGACACCAGGAACAUCACGUGGAUGCAAGUCACGGUAGAAUCCACUUUGGACGCCAAAAUGCCGCAGGGCCGGUACUUUCACAGCUCCGACAUCAUUCAUUCGCGACAGGCAAUUUAUGUGUAUGGCGGGUUGACGAAGAAAACCAAGAACUGGAAUAACAGGACUUUGAACGAUUUUUGGCAAUUCGAUAUUCAUAAUCAGAGGUGGAGCGAGGUGGAAAGAAGGGGGCUGUGGCCCCCACCACUUGCUGGACACACUUUAACAUCUUACAGAAACUCCACCGUGGAAAGCUUGAUAAUAAUAGGCGGCGGCUCCCCUCAAUACGGUUUCCGCAACGUGGUAUGGGAAUACCGCCUGGACAAAGAACACUGGGUACCGUGGAACACCAAGGGCAACGGUCCGACCGGUAUUUUCGGUCAUACCACGGUAUUCCACAAUCCGACCAACGCCCUCUACGUGUUCAGCGGUUACACUUACGACAACGGCCGCUCAUUUCUAUCGAACAAUUUGUACAUGCUCAACUACGAAACCAAAAUGUGGACGGCAUUGCAACAUUUGGGCGCCCAGUUAUUCCCGCAACCAAGGGCUUUUCAUUCGGCUGUUACUACAGAUGAAUAUAUGCUUAUUAUGGGUGGACGACUUUAUCCUUGGAAUAUAAGUGAUACAUUGUAUGCUUAUUCUUAUAGCUGUAAUCAGUGGAUUAAUCUUAUGGGUGAAAACGUGGACAAAAUAGGCCCGUUCCCGGUGCAAACUUAUGCUCAAGCCAUGACAAUAGAACCAGACGGCGACGCAGUCUACGUCAUAGGAGGUUGGGGACAGGACACUCAAAGCAGCGUGCUGCGAUUAGAAAUACCCAUCGAUUUGUGCAACUUGUGGUCCACGCGCCACACAUGCCUGAAAAACUCAGGCUGCGGAUACUGCGCGAAACGUUUAGGAGACGAAUUGGUGUCAGAAAUUUGCCACAGUAACACCCAGGAUUGUCCCUUGCAAGACUCGAAUUCAAACACUUCUAAUAUUUCGAAUCAAGGCGGCAAAUGCAAUGAGACGAAGCCGGUUGAAAAUUGUUCCGUUCUUUCCGAGUGUACUUCUUGCAUAAGAAAUCACUGUUUUUGGUGCAACGACGCUUGUACUAGUAACAGUUCGUGUACUGCUACGUUGGCUGAAUGUCCUUAUACUCAGUGUUGGGAUCAGAAUAAGAAUAACAACUGUAUAUCACAAGUCCCAGACGUUUCCAAAAACGCCCCGUGCAUAAACUUCACCGACUGCAACAGCUGCAUGCGCAACAACUGCCGCUGGUCCACGCAGCUCGACGAAUGCAUAUCCGAAUCGUACCAAUCGCUGUACUGCGCCGGCGGCGUGUGCGGCCUCGUGCUGCAAGACCUCGAGUACCAGUACUGUCCGGAGCCGUGCAAAGCGUUCGACGUUUGCUCGAGCUGCUUGAGGCACGCGCAUUGCGGGUGGUGUGCCACGCCGGGUACCGGUGGCGACGGCUUUUGUACCGAAGGAUCCGGCGAGAGGCCGAUAUCGGGGACUUGCAUAGAGGCUUACACCGAGAUGACGCCAGAGUUUGAUGAAGAUGCUUUUAACUCGAGUUUCUCAUGGCAUUACGUAAAGUGUCCGCCCGAAAACGAAUGCACCAACAACCAUCACACUUGCGACAACAAGACGGAAAUAUGCGUGGAUUUGGAGGAUGGAUUUGACUGCGAAUGUGGUACAGGUUAUAAAUUAGGCCCGACAGGUUGCGAACCUAUUUGUCCUCUAGGGUGCGUGCGAGGGCACUGCGUUCAGCCUAACGUGUGCCAAUGUGUGUUCGGCUAUGUGGGAGCUAACUGCAGUAUCCAGUGUCAGUGCAACGGCCACGCUAACUGCGAAGGUCCUGACAAACUUGACAAGUGCUUGUUUUGCCAUAAUAACACGAUGGGCGCUCAAUGCGAGAAAUGCAAACCGUUGUUCGUUGGAGACCCGAAGGACGGUGGAGAAUGCAUACCAUGCCUAGAAUACUGUAACGGACAGAGUCACGUGUGCGUGGACAACAGCACCUCCAUCGACAUUGUCGAUUACACCAGCAUUAUCAAGGAAGGCCCCAAGAAGAACGCCUACUGUCUGCACUGUUCCAACCUCACGACAGGCAGCAAAUGCGACGAGUGUAUACCGGGAAAUUUCCGAGGUUCCGAAGACCUGACCGACCCUUGCAGACCUUGCGACUGCCACGGCCAUGGCGACACUUGCGAUCCCAUAACCGGAGACAAGUGCAAUUGCAAAAACAACACCGAGAGCGACACCUGUGGCGGCUCUGGAAAAAAUUCCGCCAACCCCUGUUGGAGCGUGCAGUGCUCCAAGUGCAAAGACGGCUACCUCGGUACUCCCACCUCAGGACAUCAGUGCUACAAGCACAUGUCAGUCGAUUCCAAGAUGUGUUUCGAUGCCAAACCAAUUGACGAAUGCAAGAUAAAACCGAAACCACUGCACCCCGGCGAAGUGGUGUUUUUCGUCAUCCAACCGCGGUACAUGAACGUAAACAUCCGAAUCAUAGUCGACGUCACGCAGGGCAAACUAAACGUGUUCAUGAGCACGCACGACGACACCUACGUCGUGCUGCCGGACUACACUACCGGCGGAAACAAGAUCGAAAUCGAUCCGCAGUACAGCGUCUGGGAGAAUGGCACCAGCAAAAACAAGGUCGAGUUUUUGGAGAAGGAGGCGCAGGGCUUAAGGACCUACAUCACGGUCACCAAGCCUAAUACCAUACUGCUGGUGAAGAAUUUGCAGGAUAGGCUUGUCAUUACUCUACCGGAGGAACAUCACACCUUAGUGACAGCAAAAUUCUUCCUCGUCCUUCAAGCGCUCGAGCCCACUCAUCUGGACAAAAAGGUAUCGUACGGCAUCGUGUUCUCGCGCCAGGAUCAGCUGCACAUCGACCUGUUCGUCUUCUUCUCCGUCUUCUUUUCCUGCUUCUUCUUGUUCCUGGCCGCGUGCGUGAUCGCGUGGAAAGCGAAGCAGGCGGCGGACGUAAGGCGCGCGCGCAGAAGGCACGUAGUCGAGAUGCUGCACAUGGCCAAGCGGCCCUUUGCCACCGUUACAGUUAACUUGAACAACGGUAGAACAAAAACGAAGAAAAAUACUCAUUUCGAUUUGCGACCCGUCGCUGUCGAGCCAACAGGAGAUGGACUAGCAGCUGUUGCUACAGUUCUAGUAAGUCUGCCAGGAGGAAAUAAUCCUUCAGUGAAGCUUGCCAUAGCUUCCUCCCUAAUUUUACUUGCCAGACAAUUUCCCAAUGGAGGGAGAAUAUUUUUGAGGCGGCGGUCCAUACACGCCUCGCCCCCUACCUAAUUAUAUCCUAGGUGUAAUUUAUUAUGAAUUGUUAUUAGUUGUUAAUAUAAAACUCAAAUAAACCAAUUUUUAUAA